AAUUGGUAAAACUGAAGGCAGAUUCUUUGCUUCGUGUACUUUCCUUUUUCACCAUCCAUGCUUCAUUCGUCUUCCCGAAACCCUAAAUGCUGCAUUUGCGAUCAAUCGAAUACUUCAUAUACAGAUAGGCUUCAGAAGCCUCUAGUCCAAGGAGCCCGCCAUGGACGACGGAAGCACCACCGCCGCCAACGUCGCGGGAGCCAUCGCCGUUUCACUUGACCCCGCUUCCUCUCUCGAUGCCCGGAGAGCCGCCGUUGCUUACCUUGAAUCCGUAAAAGGUGGUGAUAUUCGUGUUUUUGCAAACACAUCCCUACUUUUGAUUCAGAAGGAUUGCUCUUCUGAGAUUCGGUUGCAUGGCUUCAAAAUGUUACAGCACUUAGUUCGAUUCAGGUGGCAUGAAUUUAACAUCCAAGAAAGAAGCGAGUUUGCUAAAGUUGCUUUUAGCUUAAUAAUGGAGAUGGCUAACCCUCUUGAGGAAUGGGCUUUGAAGAGCCAAUCAACAAGCCUUGUGGCAGAGGUGGUUAGAAGAGAAGGUGUAGUUCUUUGGCAAGAGCUGCUGCCAUCUUUAGUUUCUUUGUCGAACAAAGGGCCUGUGGAAGCUGAGUUGGUUUCUAUGAUACUGAGAUGGCUUCCCGAAGAUAUUACAGUGCAUAAUGAAGACUUGGAAGGUGAUCGUAGACGGGUAUUAUUACGUGGACUGACAGAAUCCUUGUCGGAUAUUUUACCACUUUUAUAUUCUUUACUUGAAAAGCAUUUUGGAGCUGCUUUGAGUGAAUAUAGCAAUCAACAACUAGAUGUAGCUAAGAAGCAUGUGGCUGCUGUGACAGCAACUCUAAAUGCCAUAAAUGCAUAUGCAGAAUGGGCGCCCUUGGCAGACCUUGCCAAAUAUCACCUUAUUCUUGGAUGUGGGCUAUUGCUUUCUUCUCCUGAAUUUCGCCUCCAUUCUUGUGAAUUUUUCAAACUCGUGUCCCAGAGGAAAAGGCCUCACGAUGCAACUGCAUCUGAAUUCGAUUCUGCUAUGGUUAAUAUCUUCCAGGUCUUGAUGCAAGUUUCUUGCAAUUUCUUAAACAAGUACGGGAUACAAGCUGCCAUUGCUGAUGAAAGUGAAUUUGAGUUUGCUGAGCGAACAUGUGAGAGUAUGGUGGCGUUGGGUACUUCACACAGGCAAUGCAUUGCUUGCGAUGAGAAUAUGACCUCUCAGUUUCUUCAACUGAUGAUGGGCUAUUUUCAACAUUACAAGUUCGGUCUCCAUUUCCAAUCUUUAGUUUUCUGGCUGACAUUGAUGAAAGAUUCUGUGUCCAAAGGAAGGCAUGUUGUACCAGCCAACGACCCUAAUAUUGCUGUUGAUAAUUUGGGUUUGGUCUCUACUCAGGCAGAUAAGGAGAAAAAAAGGUUGCCAAAUUUUGUUAAUGAUGACGCCUGUGCUGUUCUUUUGGAUGUGUCUCUCCAACGAUUGAUUAAGAAAAGUAAUGAAUCUUGCUAUGCAUCAAAUGAUGUUCUAGAACUAUGGAGUGAUGAUUUUGAUGGAAGUGAUUUCAGCCAAUAUCGUUCUAGAUUGUUGGAGCUUAUCAAGCUUGUUGCUUCUCAAAAGCCAGUACUAGCUGCAGUUAGGAUUUCACAUAGACUUGAUAUGGUUUUGAUGAACUUUGCCAAGACAACCAUACACUCUGAGGCGGUGGCUUUGUUGGAAAGCUUGCAACCUGGACUGGAAGCCAUUGUGAGUGCAAUAUUUGAAGGACCCACUGAAUUAAAUAACUAUACAUCUGAAAUCAAGUUCCAAUUGCAUGGGAUUCUAGAAGGUCUGCUUCAGAAGCUUCUUUCAAAAAAAUGGACUGAACCAUCACUUAAUGUAUUAUUAGCACAUUAUCUGGAUUCGUUGGGCCACUAUUUGAAAAUUUAUCCUGAUUCAAUUGCUCCUGUUGUCAAUAAGCUUUUUGAACUGUUGACAUCUCUUCCAUUGACGGUUAAGGGCCCCUCAAACAUUGCUCGUCAUGCUAGAUUACAAGUAUGUACAUCAUUUAUUCGGAUUGCCAAAUCUGCUCACGAAAGCCUUCUCCCUCUUAUGAAGGGUAUUGCUGAUACGAUGGCAUUGCUUCAAGCACAGGGUCGCUUGCUCCGUGGUGAACAUAAUCUUUUAGGGGAAGCAUUUCUUGUUAUGGCGUCCUCUUCUGGAAUUCAGCAGCAACAAGAGGUCUUGGCCUGGCUACUCGAGCCUCUGAGCAAACAAUGGAUCGAGUUGGAAUGGCAAAAUGCCUACUUGUCUGACCCAUUAGGUCUGAAAUUGUUGUGUUCAGACCCACAAUUUAUGUGGAAUAUUUUUCAUACAGUAACAUUCUUUGAAAAGGCCCUUAAAAGGAGUGGAUAUAAUAAAGCUAAUUGGAAUCCUCAAGGUUCUUCAUCAGUAGCGGAUGGUUCCAAUUGUCCUCACCCUAUGUCUAUUCAUCUGGCAUGGAUGUUACCCCCUCUGUUCAGACUUCUUCGUAACAUUCAUUCUCUUUGGUCGCCAAGGAUUGCUCAAGCAUUAGCAGGAGAGCUAAGAGGAUCUAAAAGCAUGAGCCACGUUGAGCAGGCUAGCCUUCUUGGCGAGAGCAGUUUGAAACUGCCCAAAGGUCAGCUUACACAUGCGGAUGGAUCUCAAAUUGACAUACACGGGGAAGAAAAUCUCAAUGAAAACGACAUUAGAAACUGGCUGAAAGGUAUCAGAGAUAGUGGGUAUAACGUCAUAGGACUUUCGGCAAAUAUUGGAGAUUGCUUUUUCCGUGGAUUGGACUGUUCUCUUCUUACCACGUCGCUUAUGGAGAAUGUACAAUCAAUGGACUUCAGACACAUUCGCCAACUGAUUCACUUGGUCCUUGUACCUAUAGUAAAGUUAUGCCCUGCAGAUUUAAGGGCUGUCUGGCUGGAAAACUUGCUUCAUCCGUUGUUCCUCCACUGUCAGCAGGCUCUUUCUUCCUCAUGGUCUAGUCUCAUUCAUGAGGGUAGAGCAAAGGUUCCUGACACCUUUAUUAGUCUUUCUGGAAUGGAGCUAAAGUUAGAGGUAAUGGAAGAGAAGUUGCUGCGUGAUUUGACUCGGGAAAUAUGUAAUCUUUUCUCAAUUUUAGCUUCGCCUGCUCUAAAUGGUGGGCUUCCUUCUUUGGAACAACUUGGAAAUGUCAACAACACCGAGUCAUCUUUGCACAAUUCAUUGGAUGCAUUCUCUACAAAUUCUAUGAUGGGAUUUCUCAUGACACAUAAAAGCCUUGCUCUUCCAGCCUUGAGAAUAUGCAUUGAAGCAUUCACUUGGACUGAUGGUGAAGCUGUUGCUAAAGUUGCAGCCUUCUGUGGAGCUAUUAUCCUUCUUGCUAUUUCAGCUGAUAAUGUGGAACUCAGGGAGUUUGUUGUGAAGGAUUUAUUUUAUGCCAUACUUCAAGGACUUUUCUUAGAAUCGAAUGCAGUCAUCAGUUCAGAUCUUGUUGGUCUUUGUCGUGAAAUAUAUGUUUAUAUGUCAAACAGAGACUCUUCUCCAAGACAGAUUCUGUUAUCCCUUCCUUGCCUUACAGAGGAGGAUUUAGUUGCUUUUGAGGAUGCUCUGAGUAAAACUAGUAGCCCCAAAGAACAAAAGCUGCAUAUGAGAAGUUUGCUUCAGUUGGCUUCUGGAAACAAGUUGAGAGCUCUUGCUUCUCAAAAGAGUACGAACGUCAUAACCAAUGUUACAGCAAGAAGCCGAAGUUCAACUACAGCUCCUCGCAAAAGUGAAGAAGACGAAGUUAUUGGGUUAGCAGCAUUAACUUAGCGUGUUGAUCUGUUACUGUACAGUUGCUUUUUAUACAGAAAGUGAAGGCAGUAGCCAACCUACAAGCAAAAGAAAAUAAUAGUUGUUUAUGGUGAUUGUGUAGUGGUUUGUUUAUUAGUCUAUUAUGUCCACAAACACUAAACUGUUAUCUGUUCAGUUUAGAUGUGUGGUUUUGUGAUUUUUUUAGCUGAUGCUUAAUCAUGAUUAACUUCAGCAGAAGUUCAUAUAUGAUUAACCUUUUUAUCUUGCACUUAUUUUCAAACAGCUUUUCUGUUCCUUUUUUCUUAUUUAAAGCAGGAAUAAUGUUUAUGAGAAGUGUUUUAGAAA